AUGCAUUGCUGGUAGAUUAACUGAAAUAUAUUGUUUAAGUGAAUGGCUAUGUUUAUUGUUCGCCAAAAUAUUAAUCCUAAACUUAAACUGUAAGUGCAGAGACACACUCAGGGUGUUAAUCGUGAGUAAAGCUAAAUUAUCUCACAUCUAUUGACACUGACAUAAGCCUGCAUGCGUAGUGCGUCUGACAACACAGCACACAUCAUCCGUUAUUAUCAUGCAUCCAGCCUCAGACAGAGAGGAGAGAGAGAGAGAGAGAGAGAGAGAGAGAGAGAGAGGGAGGGGGCAUGCAAGUGGCGCAGCAGCACUUAGGCAGAUUGGACAUCAUCUCUGGAGGUGGGAGAACGCAAGCGCACUACCGCAGCACGCAGGAGCUGAAUGAUCACCAUGGCAACAACAGCAUCAGUACCAGCAGCAGCAUCAGCCGUGAACCGCUCAUGCCUGUGUCAACACUGAGACCUGCUCCUGCUCUCAACGCACAUUCCCUCCCUCUCAACUUAAUGACAUAGGAUCAAAGCGGGUGCGCGGAUCACGCCUCCAGGUCGCGCAGCAGCAUCGUCGCACAAGCAGGUGAUGGAAUAGAUGAUGUCGGAAGUACAGGGCACUGUGGAGUUCUCACUGGAGCUGCACAAGUUUCACAAUGUGGAUCUCUUCCAGAGAGGCUACUAUCAGGUGAGGGCAGGUCUGCGUGUGUCUCCUCGUAUUCCUCACAGAAUCACUGCCACAACACCUGGAUACAAAGGCGAGUGCAGUUUCAGCAGCGCAGGGGUUCACGAUGGCAGCGUGUUCAGUCGGAUCUUUCAGAUCCUUUACAGGAAUGAAGAGGUGACCCUGGAGGACCGCAUGAACUUCAGAGUGCACCUGCUGCUGGACGGGGAGAGGGUAGAGGAAGCUGUGAGUGAGGUGGAUGUCCAGCUCAAACUAGAUCUGCACUUCACUGACAGUGAACAGCAGUUGGCAGAUAUCUCUUCAGUGCCUCUGAUUAGCAGCAGGACGUUGGGUUUGCCCUUCCAUCCACACCAAGGCCUGCACCAUCACCUGCCCGUCAUGUUUGACUAUUUCCACCUGUCCGUUAUCUCCGUCUCUAUCCACGCCUCCCUGGUGGCACUGCACCAACCGCUGAUCAGUUUUGCGCGCAGUGGAAAGGGGGCGUGGCUGGGUAGAGGCUCUCCAGAGAGUGAAGCUCCACCCUCUGCGAUGUCAGUGGAGAAUCUGAUGUUUGGGGCGGGAUAUUGCAAACCUGUGCCAACAGAGGGUAGUUUUUACGUGCCAUCGGAGAACUGUCUGCAGAGAGCUUACACGUGGCACCGGCGCAUCUGUAAACUGUUGCUGGCGGCUCACAGAGCUCUGCGCUCUUAUUACACGGCGCUAAUGAAGGAGAUCCCUCAACUGCAACACAUAGAGAUGGAAGACCUGCCCCUUGAAGAAACCUUAAAUCAGCUCACGAUUGACUUACAGUUGCAGGGUGGUCAUGAGAAGGUAGUAGAACAGAUCAGUAAAGAUCUGACGCAGCUCUGUGCUCAGCUAUCUGCUCUUUGGACACAGUUUUUGGAAGCCAUGGUUCCUAAUCCACAUAUCCGCUCAUAUCUGGCCCAGGAGCACCACACACUCAGGGUCAGGAGAUUUUCUGAAGCAUAUCUCUUCACAGAACAUCACAAAGAGUCCUCACUCACAUUUCAGGAGGAGCUUAUCAACAGACAUGCACAGGUGGCCACAGAGAUGCGCAGCUCGGAUUACCUGCUCCGAAUGCCUCCACUUCCUGUGGAAUGCCUGGACAUCGACGGAGACUGGAGCAGCCUGCCAAUCAUCUUUGAGGACAGAUACGUGGACACACCCUGUUUAGACUACAACGUCCAUAUGCAAAAUCAGACUGUCUUAAACUCCCAGCCAUGUCCUGAGCCAACAAGGAUGGGAGACCAAACCAUCUGUCCGGUUGAGGAAAAACAGGACACCAAUUCACUAGCAACAACCCCUGAGGAUCCUCCCUGUGAAGAUUACAUGGACUUGCCCACAUACAUGGCCCUGAUUGGCCGGCAGGAGGACUCCAUCGAUGACUAUAAAGAGACCGGAGCUCAUGCAGAGACUCUGAUUGGUCAUGUGGGUGAGACCGAUAUUGAUAGAAGCGAAUGUAUCACGAUCUCAGAUUCAGGGAUUGAUUCUGUUGAAAAGGCCACAUGCCAAUAUGAAACUGAGGAAGGAUUCGAUGUUGAAUAUAGGUCUGUAGACAGCGAUGAAGCAAUAGAUACAAGUAACCGGGAGAAAACUAGCUGCCAAAAAGAAGCAGUUGACUUUGUUGAAUCUGAUCAUGCAGGUUCAAAACAAACAAAUAUUACUGAUUUUAAUAGCGCACAGACUUUGCUGCUUGAUCCGAGGGAUGCUGCAGAACGUCCCGACCUCACCAGCCUUGACAGCUUUGAGUUCCUGCCGACUCAUAACCAUGAUAACCAUCUUGAAACACCAGGCGAUACUGGGAGUCUUGGCAACGAUGAUCCACAGUCGGUAUUAGAUAACAGAUACAUUGAAUUACCUGCAAAGGAUUAUGGGAGCAGGGAUACAACACCUCCUAAUCUACUAAACACCAACUCGAUGGGAACUGACACUUUAGCCACGUCUCCUUCUCGUAACAUUCUACAACAGAACCGUCGCUUGUCCGAAACUCCGCCCAAAAGUGUGUUCUUGGGCGGAGCUAAGCUAAUGAACCGCUCCUCCUCCGUGAUCUCAGACUCCGGUAUCGAGAGCGAGCCAAGCUCUGUGGCCUGGACCCUGGAGGGUCGAGGAGUUGUCGCAGGGGGUCGUGACGUCUUGCAGAACUUAUCGCGGCGUCUGCCUGGGCAUCAGAGCUCUUUGGAGGGCCUACAGACGGAAAGUCACGGAAGCCUGCCCAGCGCCACACAGGCCUCUUUGACUUCCAUAAGCUCCCUGCCAUAUGAAGAGGAGGAGGAGAGACAGCUCAAUACUUUGACAAAAUCUGCCUCUGCACCACAUAUCAGCAGCCCUGAUGACACCGAGGAGGAUCGUGAAACACCCAGUCAGGAAAAGAGGAAUGUUUGCAUGGCCAAUCAGCUGAGUCUGAGUGAUGAAGCAUCCAAUGAUCUUCAAGAUGUUACUAGAGAGGACAGAGAUGAAACAACCAAUCAGAGAUAUGUUUGUGUGGCUAAUCAGCUAAGGCAGAGUGAGGAAGCAGCCGAAGAGGUGAUGCAGAAUCUUCAAGGUGUUACUAUUGAAGACAGAGAAGAAACAACCAAUCAGGAGAAAAGGAAUGUUUGUGCAGCCAAUCAAUUGAGGCAGAGUGAGGAAGCAGCCAAUGAGGUGAGGCAGAAUCUUCAAGGCAUUACUAGGGAGGACAGAAACCAAACAACCAAUCAGGAGCUCAACAAGGAUGAGUUGUCCAAUCAGGAAACAGUAAAUCUUAAUUUUGCUAAUCCAGAAAUGUUACUAUACCAGCAAUUUGUGACGCAUAAUGGUGUUGAAAACUCCACAGUGGAGGAAACGGCUGAAAACUCAGAGGAAUGUCAAACAAAUGUAUUACUUGAAGAGUAUUCUGGUCUAAUGGAUGACAACACAGAGGUUUGUAGAUGUGAAAAUGAACACUGCGAACACAAGGGGGCGCUAGAUUUAAACAUGUAUCAAAAAGACCCCGACGACAUCAGUGUCGGUCACAUUCAUUUGAAUGAACUGGAGGAAGUAAGUAUGGAGAACCUCCCAGAUUCUCCAAUCAUUGACAAAAGCAGUCACGAGAUUUUGGCUUAUGAGAAAGAACGGUGCAUUGAUCUAAUUAAGUUACCAGCCAAUGAGAGAGAGCAGCAGGCAUUAGAGGGGCAGAGCAGAGCCAGUAAAGUGCCAAGUACAGGUCUGGCAUUUGUGAAUAAAAAGGUGGUGGAGGUUGUAAACCUGUCAGUGUCAUGCGCACCCACAUGUCUGCCUUUCUCGUCCGUAUUACGUGAUUCGCCAUCGGUUAGCGGAAUCUCCACACGCCAGGCCACAUCCCCAAUUACCCAUCAACCCCUGGGCUCCUUUGGAAUACUUUCCUCAAACUCUUUCCUCGGUGCUGAUCAGGAAAACAACGAGAGAAUGAUUAACUUCUAUAAGGCAAAAGAAGCCCUGCUGAGGGAGCUUGUGUUCAGAGGCACUCUCUACAGUGACCUGCCUAACCUCGCCUCCGAUCACCCAUACUUCCCUCCUGAGGAAGACGACACCGAGUUUGAGGAUGGGAUACACCUCGUGGUGUGUGUCCAUGGACUUGAUGGUAACAGUGCAGAUCUACGGUUGGUCAAGACGUUUAUAGAGCUCGGGCUGCCUGGAUCUAGACUGGACUUCCUCAUGUCGGAACACAACCAGACGGACACAUUUGCAGAUUUUGACACCAUGACUGACAGACUUCUGGACGAGAUAAUUCAGCACAUCCAGCUGUAUAACCUCACCAUCCACCGCAUCAGUUUUAUCGGACACUCUUUGGGGAACGUCAUCAUCCGCUCUGUGCUGACCCGACCCAGAUUUCGCUGUUACCUCUGUAAACUCCACACCUUCCUGUCCCUGUCUGGACCCCACCUGGGAACACUGUAUAAUAACAGCACGCUGGUCAGCACAGGUCUGUGGCUAAUGCAAAAACUCAAGAAGUCUGGUUCCCUACUGCAACUUACAUUCAGAGACCACACCGACCCGCGACAGACCUUCCUCUACACGCUCAGCAAGAAACCAGGUCUGCAGUUCUUCAGGAACGUGGUGUUGGUGGCCUCUCCACAGGACAGAUACGUACCCUUCCACUCGGCCCGUAUUGAGAUGUGUCGGACGGCGCUUAAAGACAGAACCACAGGUCCAGUAUAUACAGAGAUGAUCAAUAACUUACUCCAGCCAUUGCUGAGUGCUCCGAAUUGUCGUUUGAUCAGACAGAAUGUGUUCCACGCUUUACCCAACACGGCCAACACGUUGAUCGGACGUGCGGCUCACAUCGCGGUGCUCGACUCUGAACUCUUCCUGGAGAAGUUCCUUCUGGUGGCCGGGCUCAACUACUUCAAAUAGACAUCAUGCCUUGAGUUGGGUGGGAGAGCCAAUCAGAUUACACGUAACGUCAGCCAAUCGCAUUUCAUUUCAGAGUCAUAAUGAGCUCUGGAAUUUUUUUCAAUAAGUUCAGUCUUUGGAUGCAAAGAAUAAAACAGAAAUUGAACAUUCAGACAAUGACUCUGAACAAAUAUCUGUAAAAUCUGUACAGAAAGAACAUUGUAUACCAAGCAAAUAGAAGAAACUAACAGCUGGAGGCCUACACAAUCCUUAAAGCUUUAUGGUGUAGUAACUUAGCAUUGCAUAGUCCAAGCUGGAAAAUUAAUCCUUUGAAUGUAAAUUCAGUGUGUAGCUUAUGUUGUAACAACAGCCUUGGUUCUUCAUUCCCUCAAGUCACCGAACGUACAGUGCCGUGAAAAGAUUUUUGCCCCUUUCUUGUUUUCUUUUGUUUGUUUUUGCAUAUUUGUCACACUAAAAAAUAAAAUUCGGUUUUUAAACGAUAAUUUCAUUUAAGGAAAACAAACAAAAAAAAAAAGCUUUUUUAAACCUACCUGGCCCUACGCAAAAAAUGAAUUGCUGAUGAGAACUGUGAAUAACCACAUUAUUUUAGAAAACAGAGUUAAAUUUCACUAGCCACAGCUCUGAUUACUGCCAGACCUGUUGAAUC